AUGAAUUCUUCCCUCUGGAUACAAAAAGACAGGAACAGACCUGAUUUACUCUGUGGGAGGCCAGCUGACUACCUUAUUCAGGAAGACCAUUUCCCAAUACUUGUAUGUUUCAUUGUUACUUUGGGAGGGCUUUUGAGGAUUUGUUUAAAGAAUUCGGAAGGCAUUGCUUUGACAAUUCUUUCUCUAUCAGGAUUUGUGAUAGGACAACUGGCCUACAAUUUUGUUGAGGUGCACCAAAUUGUCUCUCCUCUUCUAAGAACACCAAGUUUUUCACUUUAUUCUUAUUUUUCACCUUUAAUUAUAUUUAUGGCUGCUUUGGAUGUGGACUUUCAUGUACUUAAGAAUGCGUUUUGGAAGGUCUUGUUGACUGGAUUAAUUAGCUUUUUUACAUCACUCAUCAUAAUUGAAUGUGUAGUUCUAAAAGUCAAUAAAGAUUCGUGGGAUUUGCAAUCUUGCCUGCUCUUUAGCUUCACCCUCAGCUUUACAGAUCCUCUUCAUUCUGUGAAUUUACUGAAAACUAUUGGUAUUUCUAAAAUGUUUGCUGAUAUCAUUAGAGGAGAAUCAUUGAUCACUUGUGGCAUCAUAUCCAUUAUUUUUGGAAUUUUUCGGAGCAAUGCAGUCUCCAUUUCUUUGUUUAUGGAGCCACAUAUAGUAACUGGACUCGGCCUGAAUGUUUGUGGAAGCAUAAUAUGUGGAUAUUGCUGUGCAAGAAUCAUGCAGACUAUAUGGACUGACCUUUUUAACACAAUGCUGACUAAUAUCAUUCUCUGCUUUUCAAUGGUGUACAUGACUUUCUACAUGGCGGAACUUUUAGGAAUGUCAGGCAUUGUUGCUUUGGCCACUGCAGGACUGAAUUUAGAUUCCUUAUCCUUUAAACCAAGGACUGAGUUCAUAAUUACUAAGUACUUACUAAUGUUUGCAACUGUAUACCAGCAUUUAAUAUAUACUUUCUUUGGCAUCGUGAUUGGAUGUGGAGAAAUCAAGCAUUAUAGAUUUAACACCAUAGUUUUCAUUUUCAUUUUAUUUGUAGUAGUGAAUAUGACACGGAUGCUUGCUAUUUUGUUAGUGAGCCCUAUCUUGAAGCGUUCGAGUUAUGAAUAUAAUUGGCGAUGGGGAAUCAUUCUCGCGUGGUCUGGAAUCAAAGGAGUUUUCAGUUUACUCUUGGCUCCUGAUGUUUAUAAUCUGUCUGAACACAAAGUAGAUGCACCGCAAAUGUUCAUAGUCUACGUUCAAGUAAUAUCGUUAUUGACAAUGGGAAUAAAUUCAUACAUGAUGACUCAAUCAGCCAGGACAUUAG